UUUCCUUUGGAAUAGAAGCGUUGCGCGAUGCGUUUUACGUAAAUAAUCACGGACUCGAUGCAGCCAAUCACUGCUGAGAGCGCGUUGAUCGACAUAAACUGAAAAUGGCGGAAAGCAGCGCGGAAAUCACAUUCAAAAAGGAGACUGUAAGCAAACUCCUGUCAAGCUUCUUCAAGGACGAGAAAACUAAAGUCGGUGCCGAUGCUGUCCUCCUUAUGGCAGAGAUGCUACAUGUGUUUGUUCAAGAAGCUGCACAAAGAACGAUAAAACAGGCUGAGGCAGAGGACUGUGACAUAAUGGACAUAGAACACUUUGAGAAGGUCCUGCCUCAACUGCUGUUGGAUUUUUAGUAUGACUUCAGGCCAGAAGGUGGAGCCAGAGAGCCAUCCAGUCCUCAAUUCAGAAUUCGAGAGAUUGACCAACUCUUGGAGGACAAUGGAAGUAAAGAAAAAGGCUUCUGUUUUGUUUGUAAACGUAAAGAAGCACUUUAUUUACUUCUAUUGUCCUCCAAGAGUUUCUGAAUCUACUUCUUAAUUCAUGCACCUUGGUUGGAGAGAGGGAGGGAUCCCUUCCACCAGUCCUACAUUCAGCCCAUGUAGGAUAUUAUAUUGUAAUUAGUCCUUUAUUUGAGUUACAUUGCACACGGUCUCUAAUGAACUCUGUACAUUUUGCUCUGUGGUUUUGCCUCCGUUUGUUGUUUGAAAUCAUUUGAAACCAUUGCUAACUAAUAAAAGUUGUUGCGUGCUUUUUUUAUUUAUUACAUCAGUCUGCGACAACUAUUUUCUUGGGGGAAACAUGUAUUGUAAACCUAAAAGCACUUUAUUGUAAUCAGUUGUGUGAUAGGAAUUCACACCUAGUACUCCAGCAGCAUUGGGGGAGGAUCUGGUGUUUGACAAUAAAACAUAUACGGUGACCUGUUUGGGACAUCACUUUGGAUUUGAAAUUAUACAAUGGUGAAGGUGCAGACGGGCCUCUUUAA